AGAAAGUCUCUAUUUGCAAUUUACUUGUCAUCCGUGAACUCAUACAAUCGUAUUUGGAAAUCGCUGGAUUUCGAUACGGUACGGAAUAAAAAUGCUAGUAUUAUCAAAAUGGUCUGGGAGUAUAACCCUUUGGAUGCAGAUGAAUGUUCAUCAUCAUCAUCAGGUGCCGCCUUUAGUGAGUUAAAUGUAACACUUGGUUUAGACAGGUUCAAGCACAAUGAUUCACAACAGAAUGCUGUGUUGGAUUGUCUCUUUGAAAGUGAUCAACAUGGGGAAAAUUCUAUUAAACUUAUAUGGGGCCCUCCUGGAACUGGCAAAACCAAAACAAUCAGUUCUCUGUUAUGGGCUUUCCUAACAAAGAAAUGCAGAACUCUUUCAUGUGCACCUACAAAUACUGCCGUUAAGGAGGUAGCUUCGAGACUACUAAGAUUAGUGAAAGAAUAUUCAUCAAGUAGCAAGAAUUGCUCUUUGGGGGAUAUUGUUUUAUUUGGAAACAAGAGCAGAAUGAAGAUCAAUGAUGAUCUCAGUGAAAUAUUUCUAGAUGAUCGUGUUAGCAGACUUUCAAAGUGUUUUUCACGUUUAACUGGCUGGAGCUAUUGCCUGAUCUCGAUGAUGAAUUUUCUUGAGAAUGCUAUUUCUCACUAUGAAAUGUAUUUGGAAGAAACUUGA